UUUUCAACUUCAAGUAUGCAGUUUCACAAACUGCAACGGUAGAACAGUAAACCAUGGUGCAUAAGAAGCCGGCGCAGCCUACGAAGCCGGCGGCGAAGAGCCGGCGCGAGAGUAACGUCGAACGGUCCGCAUACUUCGCGCGCCGAGAGGCGGCUAAGGUGUUGAAGAGUGUAUUGCAAGGAGACGCUAACCGUAGAGCAGUUGGUUCAAUUAAAACCCUAGUUUACAGUCCCACCAUCAGGAACAAGAAAGCCACAUUUGCUCUAGUCUGUCAAACCCUAAAAUAUCUUCCGAUCAUCAAGGAUGUAAUGGAGAUUGCUAAUGUAUUAAACAGCAAAUGGAAGAGGCAAGCGGAGUUGAUGUACAUAAUUACCUAUGACAUCCUUUUUGGACAGGAUGCAUCUCUAACUGGCGAUCCAGAAAAGUACCUUAUCCUCAGGAAAGGUCCGUUACAGUCUGCUCUUGCAAAGAUUUUAGUGAAAAAGGGAGCAAAACGUAUAGAGGAUUUAAUGGCUCAAUAUCAGAUUUAUGAUGUUAAAAAACCGCGCUAUGUCCGUGUUAAUACUCUGAAAAUGGAUGUUGAAACUGCUAUGUUUGAACUAGGAAAAGAGAAUGUGGUUCAGAAGGAUGACAUGAUUCCCGAUUUAUUAGUACUCCCACCAAGUACCGAUUUGCACAGUCAUCCUUUGGUCACUGAUGGGAGCGUGUUUAUGCAAGGUAAGGCAAGCUCUAUGGUAGCUGUCGCCCUUGGUCCUAAACCAGGAUGGGAGGUUAUUGAUGCAUGUGCUGCUCCUGGAAAUAAAACAGUACAUGUUGCCGCUCUUAUGAAAGGAGAGGGAAAAAUCGUUGCUUGUGAACUCAAUAAAGAUCGAGUUAAACGGUUGGAACACACCGCUAAGCUUGCGGGUGCUACUAACGUGGAAGUUUUGCAUGAAAAUUUCUUGAACUUGAAUCCUGAAGAUCAGUCGUAUUCUAAGGUUCGUGCUAUACUGUUAGACCCUUCAUGUUCUGGUUCCGGGACCGUUGCUGAUAGAUUGGAUUAUCUUCUCCCAUCACAUACUUCCGGUGAAGGUGGCGAUGAAAGCCGACUCGUUAAACUUGCUGCUUUCCAGAAGAAGGCUCUAAUUCAUGCAUUGUCUUUUCCGUCAGUUGAGAGAGUAGUGUACAGCACAUGUUCCGUUCACCAAAUUGAGAAUGAAGAUGUCGUCAAAUCAGUCCUACCUGUUGCUGCAUCUUACGGUUUUCAACUUUCAACUCCGUUUCCGCAGUGGGCCCGUCGUGGUCUCCCAGUUGUUGAAGGAUCACAACAUCUUCUCCGAACUGAUCCUGUGGAGGACAAGGAGGGCUUCUUCAUCGCGUUAUUUACAAGAAACGCCACUCACAUCCCCGAAACUUUUCAGAAAGUUGAACAAGACAUUGAUUUGAACAAUUUGAAACACGAAGCUGUUAAAAGACAGCAUCGCCAGAAAAAGUUUGUAAGAUCUCUCCCAUUUACAAGAUUAUCCAGGUUGUAUCUACAUAGAAAUUCAAUGAUUUGUAGAAGGUGAUUAUCAUUUUUGUUUAGAACACAAUUUUGACGAUUUAUUUCCUCCGAAAGGUUGGGAUAUGUAUGAUGUGUCAGGAUCAUUCAUUAUUGUUCUCCAUAAUAUUAAACUUUAACAACUUGGUAUGAAGUGAACAUUGUUUUGUGUUA